AGCAGCCCGGGGCAGGAGAGCCAGGACUGCACAGCACACGGGGAGUCCCACUGCGGACUGGGAGGCAGGCGGGGCUGGGGCGCGCCCCCUGCUUGGAAGUGUCUGCCUCCACCUGCCCGUGGUGUCCUGCCUCCCUUGCUAGGCUAGAACAAUGGCGUCUCUCAGCCCCAUCUCGGUUGUCCUCGUGGGUCUCUUUGCCAUGGCCAGCACAGAAGCACCACCGGAACACGACCCAUUCACCUAUGACUAUCAGUCACUGAGGAUCGGAGGCCUAACCAUCGCUGGGAUCCUUUUCGUUCUGGGCAUCCUCAUCAUCCUCAGCAAGAGAUGCCGGUGCAAGUUCAACCAGCAGCAGAGAACUGGAGAACCUGACGAAGAGGAGGGAACUUUCCGCAGCUCCAUCCGCCGUCUGUCCUCCCGCAGACGGUAGACCCGCUACGUGGUGCGAAGGAACCCGGCCAGGAUCCCCUUGGGUGCCUGACGCCUCCUCCUACCCACCUGCGCGCUGCUGCAGCCGCCUGGACCAUCCCCAUCCCUGGCCCUGCUCCAGCGACUCCCCUAGCCGCCCAGACUUCCAAUAAAACCUGCUUUUCUCUCUCAA